AUUGUGUCAGGUCGAGUAGGCGGAAUUUUGUAUCACUUUUGCUAGGUCUACCACAUUUUUAAGAAGAACCGCUUAUCUUCACGGGACCUCGUAACUGCUGCCAGUGGGCGGCUGUAGGCGACUGUGGUAACUCCAGUAGGCGAUUUCGCCUAGAGCGCCCCGCCGCGCCGUCGCCCUCUGGCGGGACGCUCCCCAACUACGGAUUCCUCCCCGCUCCAGCCUGCUCCAGCGUCUCUCUCCCUGAAGCGCGCGCGUCACUCACUCGUCAUGUAUUCACGGUCUCAUCGAAAAACUAUUUGAAGUGAACAACUUACUGGCCAUAGGUGGCCUACUUCGCAACGCUUGAGAGCACAAAGGAUGGGCAGGCUUUCGAUGAACAGAAGUCAUGAAACUUGGCCUUCGAUAAGGAUACUGAACACCAGUUAAUGUUAUCACUUGCCCUAGCAGCUACCAAACAAUGAAAUUAUUGUUUCAUGGAAUCAAAUUGGCCCAGAGAACCUACAACUUUCCAUCUUCUUAUUUUGUGGGCUAUAUUAACAACAUGCUUCUGAUGAAGAGAAGUCACGAAACUUGGCCUUCGAUUAGGAUACUGAACACCAGUUCAUUGUUUUCUCUUGCCGCAGCGGCAAUCAAACAUAGAAAUAAUAUUUUCUUGGAUUCAAAUUUGCCCAGACAACCUACAACAAUCCAUUUUCUUAUUUUAUGGGCUAUUCAAGCAAAAUACUUCCGAUCAAGAGAAGUCAGGAAACUUGGCCUUCGAUAAGGAUACUGAACACCAGUUUACUGUUUUCACUUGCCGCAGCAGCUACCAACUUUCAUGGAAUCAAAUUGGCCCAGACAACCUACAACUUUCCAUCUUAUUUUGUGGUCUAUUUUAGCAAUAUGCUUCCGAUGAAGAGGAGUCAUUUAAAAAUAGAGGGACAAUAUUUAAGUGUUAAAAUUAUUUAGAUGUCAAUAAACCUAAUUUUUUU